AUGGGAGACGACGCAACCGAGGCUCUGCUGCAGGAGGUGCAUGCGCCAUGGGAGUUUGCCUCCCACCUGGAGACCGGCGGGCCAGACCCGCGCACGACGGUGCGGGAGCUGCUGGCGGGGCAGGGCAACUCGGUGGUGACCACGCUGCAGCAGCGCGGCGUCACCAAGCUGGGCGAGUUCCUGGUGGAGUCGGACCUGGUGUACCCCGCCUUUGACGGCGAGCCCAUCCUCACCCUGGGCAGCAAGGAGCGGGAUGUCGACUUCGAGGCGCUCUGGACACGCCACCUGCAAGACUCGCUGCCCAAGCGCGAGCGCCCCACAGGCUGGAGCAGCAAGGUGGUGGUGGAGGCGUUUGUUGUGAAUGUCAAGGGCGCCGCCAACCCCGACAAGGAUGGCCUCAUCCAGGCAAGGCACUGUGGGAGGCAGUGGUGCCGUGCCCCGCUGCUCAAGCGGUGGCAGGUCGGAGCCCUGGAGACCACCGCGUUUGGGCUGCCCGCCGUGCAAGCCGUGAUUGAGUUCAAGUGGCGCGUCUUUGCCAAGCGCCUGCUGCUGUGGCAGCUGGCUGUGUUUUUGUGCUGGCUGGCCUCCUUCUUCACCUUCGCAAUCCUUUUUCAGGACGAGGACCCGGACGCCAGCCUGGCCCAGGUGCUGGAGACGGGCAGGGGCCGGGCCACGGUGGCGGCUGAGCUGGUGGCGCUGCUCAGCAUGGUCCCCUUCAUGAUGCUGGAGGUGGGCACCAUCAGCGCCUACAAGCUCGGCUGGCUCAACAUCUGGAAUGGGCUUGACGUCUGCACCUACCUCCUGCAGAUCACCAUUGCCAUCCUGCACUUCUCCCGCAACGUGGCCAGCGGCUACCUCAGCAUUGUUUGCGCCCUGCAGUGCAUCUUGCUGCUCUUCAGGCUGCAAUACUUCUCCCGCGUUUUCACCGCCACGCGCUUUGCCUUCCUCGAAGCGGUGAAGGAGGCCAUCUCCUCCAUCUCCGCCUACCUCGCCUUCAUGCUGCUCAUCAUGUUUGGCUUCGCGGUCGCCUUCCACGUCCUCUUCCGUGCCGACCAGGAACACGAGGAGUUCCGCACCAUCACCAACUCCUUCCUGCUCAUGUACGCCAACCAGGGCGAGCUGCUGGACCUGGACAUCAUGCGCUCCAGCCACAACCCGGUGGCCGCCACGCUGCUGUCGGUGGGGUAUGCAUUUGUGAUGGGCAUGGUCAUAGUCAACAUGCUGAUCGGUGUUAUGUCCAAUGCGCUGGAGAAGACGGGGGAGCACUCUGGGCUGAAGAUGGCGCUGCACAAGGCCAACAUCAUCGACGAGAUGGAGGCAACCAUGCCCCGGUGA